AAUAUACACAAAUUUUGUUAGGAGUUCGGAGUUCGGACCCAGUAUAUAUUAUUUCUCUAUGGUUAGGACCAUUGUCAUAGUUUAGGUUAUGAUGGUAAAUAUUAAAAUAUAUUCCUAUUUCACAACUUACUAAACACCGACAAAUAGUUUAUUUAUAAUUGCACCGUUGUGGUUCCUAGUCUUUUAAAAAAUUGAAGGUUUGUUUGAGGACUAAGAUUAUCAUUUGAAAAUGGCUAAGCAUCACCCUGAUCUUAUAUUUUGCCGAAAACAACCCGGCGUCGCGAUUGGACGUUUGUGUGAGAAAUGUGACGGUAAAUGUGUUAUUUGCGAUUCUUACGUGCGUCCAUGCACUUUGGUAAGGAUAUGUGAUGAGUGUAAUUACGGAUCGUAUCAAGGAAGAUGUGUAAUUUGUGGAGGCCCAGGUGUUUCAGACGCAUAUUACUGCAAAGAAUGCACCAUUCAAGAAAAGGAUAGAGAUGGAUGUCCAAAAAUUGUAAACCUUGGAAGUUCUAAGACAGAUCUAUUCUAUGAAAGAAAGAAGUAUGGCUUUAGAAGACACUAGCAAUAGUUUCUUUCUAGUUUUCUUUAAAACUAGAAAGACAAUGGACUAAAGAUUAUUGUGUGAAUGAGAAUUAAUCAUAAGAAUGGUUUAAUAAUAAAACAUAUUUCCAAUCUGUGU